AUAAAACCUGUAUAAUUUAUAUUAACAAUUUAUACCAUUUGGCAUAAGGAAAUAACAUACAUCAGAAAAGCAGAACCAGUGCCCAGGCAUCCCUCAAUAAGGUCCAUCCUGUUUGACCACAGUAUAAAACCUGUAUAAGGCAUGUACUUUUUUUCAAUACCAAAGGACUAAUCCUUAAUGUAUUGUGCAUUGAAUUUCAUAUCCCUUCUGUUAUUAUUGUUAUCCCCACUUCCUUUUAUUUAGAUUUGCCUGAUAUACAAAGGAUAAAGAUAUAUUUGAGUACGAGGUUGGGAGGACAUGUCAGAGUUUCUAAUAUCAUUUAAAUUUUGAAGUUGUAGUGUAUUCCUUACAUGAAGCUGAGGUCUCUGAAAAUGUUAGGAAACUGACUUUUCACAAGAAAAGCAGAAGAGGAGACUUUUAGAAUAUUUAAUUGUUAGAUGAGGUGGUGAUUGUGGCAAAGAAAGAUGGAAUUAUAUUCUUUUACUUCACACAGCAUAUUGACUUAGUGGAAGAGAUACAGGCUUUGGACUUAGAUUGAUUUGGAGUCAUGGCUCUUCAUGGCCUUGGAUCUGUCUCUACAAGAUUCCACUCUUUCCAGAGAGGGGGACACAGAGGCAGAGAUUAUGGCUGCUGUGGUUUUUUCAGUUGGACCUCUCUGAGUCAUGAAGUUACCCAGCCAGAUGAAGAUCUUCACCUUCCCAUAGAAGAAACAAAGGUAUACUUUAAACACUGGUAUGAUUUCAAACUGCAAAAUUUCUGUGAUUUUAAAAGACAGCUUCGUGUUUCCUUUGUGAAAACAUACAGUAAAAUAUUGAAUAGAAGUAAGAAGAGCGGCCAUGGGUGUCUUGUUCAUGAUCUCAGGGGAAAUGCAUUUGGCUGUUUACCACAAUCAGUGACAUUUAAAGAUGUGACUGUAGACUUCACAUUGGAGGAGUGGAUGUUGAUGGACUCUACACAGAGGGACCUGCACAAGGAUGUGAUGCUGGAAAAUUACAGGAAUCUGGCCUCCCUGGGGCUUGCAGUUUCCAAACCAGACAUGAUAUCCCAUUUGGAGAAUGGGAAAGGACCAUGGGCCAUGGUGAGAGAAAUCACAAGAACCCCCUAUCCAGGUUUCUGCACUCAAUAUUUAUUAAUUUAGAUGCUCUUUAAAAGAGAACUUGUGGAGGAGAGCAAGAUGGCAGCCGAGUAACAGCUUCCUUGCAUCUGGGCACCAUGAGUCCCGGGAGAUAGGACUCCAGGCAUCUCUGGCUGGUGGAAUCUGCCUAUCAUCACCUCUGUGAACUGUUUCCAUGUCUUUGGACUUGGCACUCAGUUGAACUGCCUUGGGGAGAGCCUGAGCGGGAAUGUGGAGAACUCUGGCCGCUGUCUAGGGCCCCAGUCUGAGCCGCCGAGCCAGACAGAGCCAACAGUGUUUGGCUGUGGGCCACAGGGAGCCAUUGCGAGCGAUCGCAAUAUUAUUUUUUCUAUAACUAUUUUCUGUAAAAAUCACCAGUGAAGCCAUCUGGGCAGGUAUUAUCUUCAUAGGGAAGUUUUUUUCAUUUGUUUGUUUGUUUUUGAGAUAGAGUCUCACUCUGUUGCCCUGGGUUGAGAGUCAUGGAAUCAUAGCUCAACUGUUGGGUUUGAGCUUGUCUCUCGUCUCAGCUUCCUGAGUAGCUGGACCUACAAGUGCCUGUAAGAAAGUUUAAAUUAUGAAUUCAAUUAGAUCAACAAAGGAUUAUUCAGAUUUUCUGUCUUUUUUAAGUUUUGGUAAGAAUUUGGAAAAAUAUGUCUAUAUCAUAUUAUCAAAAUAUAUAAUUAUUGUCCUUAAAUAGUUUAUAAUAUCUGCUUGUUAUAAUUUUAGUAUCUCCAGGAUCUAAAGUGAUGUUCUUUUCUUCAGUCCUGGUAUUGGCAAUUUGUAUAUUCUCUUUUUGUUUUCUUGUUUAGACUUUCUAAGAAUUUAACAUUUUAUUAAUCUUUUUAAAAACCCCACUUUGAAUUUUUAUAUAGCUAUAAUUAUCUUCUUCAUUGAUUCAUGAUCUUUUAUUUUCUUCUAUGUACUUGAUUUGAAUAUGAUUUACUUUUUAUCUAGCUCCUUGAAAUAAAAUCUUAGAUAACUGAUUUCCAACAUUUCUUUUUUUGCUAAUAUUUAUAUUGACACUAUACAUUUCUAAGUAUCUAGUUAGCUGCAUCAAAUAGAUGUGUGUUACCGUUAUUGGGACAUUACAUAUAACAAAUUGCACAUAAUUUAACUUCACAUUUUGACAAAUUUAUACACCUGUAUAACUACCACCACAAUCAAAACAGAACAUUUUUACCACCCCAAAACACUUUACCACUUUUACCACCCCAAAACAGUGUAUGCUUCCCCAGAAAAUGCUUUCCACCUCUGACUCCAAGAAAUAAUACAUCUACUUUCUAGACUUUCAUACAAAUGGAAUUACAAAGCAUACUCUUCUGUAUCUACCUUCUUUACACUCAGCAUAAAGUUUUGAGAUUCCAUCGUGUGGUGUGUGCCAUAUUUCAUUCUCUUUUAUUGGU